GCGCCAAACUGGAGAACGGGGAGCGAUGUAAAAGAAGGCACAACCCCUGCAUUGUCGCUGCGGAUUGCCUUUGGGACGUGUUUCUGCGCAAAUGAGUCUCCCUGCGUCUCAGCUUCACGGACCGUAAAUCAGCCGCCCACGCAUUCACGCACGCACGCACGCACGCUCACGCGCGCAGUCACUCAGUAUACACAGGUGAGAGUGAAAAGGAAAAAAAAGGCCAGGGUGGGUGUGGUGUCUGAUCUAAAGUAGAAAAGCUGUGUGCGUGUGUGUGUGUGCGCGCGUGUGUGUGUGUGUGUGCACCUGACAUUCCCAGACCGGUGGAGCAGCUUUGCGUAUGGACAAAGCAGUGUCCCGCGAUCAACUUUAUCCACUAGUCUGUGUGUGUGUGUGCGUACGCGCGCGCGUGUGUGCGUGUGUUUAUGGGUGAAGGACUCGCAGAGUGCCAACCAGCAUCUGGGAAGGACAAAUCCAGAAGCAUGGAUGUGAAGAACAUGCGAGAAUACAUGGGCUGGCUGUACUACCAGUAUCUCCUCAUCACAGGCAUCUACGUCCUGGAACCAUGGGAGAAGUCUAUCUUCAAUACGGUGCUCUUCACCGUAGUGGCCAUGGUGGUCUACACUUCCUAUGUCUUCGUGCCCAUCCACGUGCGCCUGGCACUGGAGUUCUUCUCAGGACUGUGCGGGGAACAGCCAGAGAGUACCGUAGCGCUUAUGAACUAAAAAACUGAGGGGGAAAUGGAGUUUUUUUUUCUUUUUCUUGUUUUAGAGCUUUUCGUCUCUUUUCUCAGGAAGAUUCAGGAGUGAUAAAAGAAAAAAAAUGCAACAUGAAAAGCCAUGUCCAAACUGUCUUCUCCUUUCCUAUCUAGCCUCACAGUGACAUUGUACAUGAUGGUGUCGGACGGGACCCUGAAUGAGUGCUCAUGUUUUGCAUGACAGGACCAAUCCGUCACUUAUGAUCGUUUGCAUGUGGCUGCUUCGCCAUUGGUUUUACCCAUUAUACAUUUCUGCAAUAUGCCUGCGAGACAAAGUGUGCAUUACUUCCUCUCGUAGAUGUCUGUUUCCUUUACAAACAUGUCAAUCUUGUUUGAAUUCCUGUUUGUAUUCACGUUCCCUAUGCAAUGAGGCUCCUCUGAGUGCAAAAAUAAUGUUAGCUGAUGUAAUAUUGAUCAUCGUGUAUGACUCCUGGUAAGUUAAAUCCACAUGAGCAAUAGUUGAACUUCUUCCUUGUGAUAUA